CUGAAACAUCCAAAUGAACGGAGUUGACCAGGAUUAUAUCAUGUUUUUAUCGCAUUGAGAAAAUUAAAGGGCUCCGCACAACUCGAUCGUUCCCUGCUACGUUUAUUGAAACAAAUGAUUGUUAUUCGCCUUUACUAGAAACGCAUCGCAAACGAUGAAUAUAAAAUUUGUAAAUACAGGAGUCAAUAAAACUUGAUAAGGUAUGUAAUAUUGCAUUUGAAUAAGUAAGAUGUAUAACUAUACGAGUACUUGGUCCUUUGAUAUAUAAUCGGUGGGAUUAUAGUCAAAAUUAUAUUGAUAUCAUCCUACUAAGGUUUGCUGUCAUCUGUGUCUACUAUUGUAUCAUAUUAUCUGUGAAUAAUUAAGAUUGAGAAUGAACACUGUCAUGUUUCGCGUUCAGCAGAAUUUAUCAGGCUUGCUAAAUGCAGUACUUAAGUACAUGCACUAUAUAUAUAUACUGCAUGGAUAUUCUAUAACGCUAUGCUUAAAAUAGUGUGCUUAGCUCACACAAAAUUUCGCACAAGUGUCUCCUUUCACAGCUCCAUUUAAAUUUGAACAAUUCCUCAGUAUUCGUAUAAUGCCAAUGUUCUUAAUAUAAAUGAUGACAUAAUGAUACCAGUGUAUGCGGGUUAAUCAGUCGAUCAGUACAGUCUAUGUUACUGGCCGUUACUGUUGUCAUUCCCACUUAUAAAACACAUGUCUCAGUGACUUCGUUACGUUCAAGGGUUAAAAACGUCGUAAAAUCUUUAUAGCUUUUUGGAUAGAGGAUAAUAGUGUAUAUUAAAUUUAACACAGUGCCGGAUUUCAAAUCAGUUUGAUAAUUACACACUGGUUGUACAUAUAAAGGUUUACAAAUAUAUCCUGAAAUCCUUUACAGUAGUCCCUUCGCAAAUACCGAAUUGUACAGAAAGCCUGAUAGAAUUUCAUAUAAUUUGACAUGAAAAGUAUAAAAACACUGGUAAAAUCAUUAAUUUAUUAGUAAUUGUAGGACAUACUUCAGCAUAGAAAAAAUCUCACCGGCUUGAAGGCAAUGAAAGAAUUGAUGAUUUUCCGACUGUCAUAGGGAUCAAUUCUCCGUAAUAGUCCGGUGGCUCUAUAUGAACUGGAAUGAACAUGCACGCCAAAUUGUUAAAAAAGCAGUGAAAAUGGUAUUUAUUCUAACAUCACUGACACGAGCUAACGCUGAUACAGAAACGCUUUGUCAAUGUUCUCUGCUAUCACAACACUAGUUCUGGUUUGCUUGCUAAGUGUGGCAUUUCACAAUAUUCUUGCAUAAUAUUCUAUAAGUGAACUGAAGGGUCCAAAAAGGGCAUUACGAAUUUUAUUAUCAUAAUCAAGUUUCUGUCUACCGAAGCUCGAAAUCUUACUUGAAAUUAUAUGUGAACAAUUCUCUGAACUUUCAGAAAUUGAGCGAAUAUGUUUUUAUCAAAUAAACCCUUGUUAAUGGCCUAUGGUACGAGGGGAGAAAUGUGAGUGUUAAUCUUAUUCACUCUUGCUUUUUGUUAAAUAGCAUUUUCUAAUAAAAAAAGCUUUUAAAGUUAAUGGAUCAAACUGACAAGGAGAGUAAUGAAGAACAAGAGAAGCAACAUGAUAAGUCAUACCACGUCAAUGUUCGUGGCAGCCAGCCGGCAAUUUUUGGAGAUCAUACGACCGUGCAACAUGUUGAGGAUAAAAGGAAAAUUACAAUUAAUAUUAUUCGUAAGUAACGACACACCUGGUAAGCAUUUUUAUAUUUGAAUGGUUAAUGUAGCCAUCGACACAAUUAAGGCCGUUUUACGUGCACUUCAGUCGCAUUGUACCGAAGCGUAUUUUUUUGUUUCCUCAUGAGCAUUAGAAUGGAACUAAUGACUUUGACACAAAAGAAAAUGCUACGAUACGUCACGAUACGGUUGAAGUGGAAAUUGGCUUUACUUGUUUCUUUACAUUGGCAGAUCCAUCGGCAUGUUCAAGAAUUUAUAAUAAUUAUAUUGAAAAUCAAUGUGUAUUACUGUAAGUGUAUAUUUGCCGUUUCUGUGUUUAAAUCAACUAAAUAGUUAUCCAGAUCAUUUUGUGCUUUCUUUUCUUAAAAUGGUUAUUUAAAUGUAUAAUUUAGUAAGUAUGACCAUACACCGACUCAGUUUGUUUAUAUAUACCCGGAACCCUAAAUUCAAGUCUUUUUCAUCGGAAAUACAACUGAAGUUAAAAUAAUUCAAUUUAUACAUACAUACAGUAAAAAUAUAACAUAAACUUUAUUAUAUAAUACCUUAUUAAAUUCUAAUCAUUUAAUUGGCUGUUUAUGGUCAUGUGAUAUUGAAUAGAAAAUUCCAUUUCCCAAGAGUGCAAUGGAACACGUUCCAUUGCACUCUCCGCGAGUGCAAUGGAAUAAAACAUAUAGUACAAUUGCACUCUUUGUGUUUUCGAUAAAUCGCAUCCCUCAAAAUGCUUCUCAUACGAAUCUAUUAGUCUAUUUUGGUAUUAUAUAAAACAAAUAAUGAAUUUUUCUUCGUGCAAUGGUAAGAAUAUUUUCAUUCGGUGAAAGAUGGAAUGUUCCAUUCAACUCGGCUGUCGCCUCGUUGAAUGGAACAUUCCAUCUUUCACCUCAUGAAAAUAUUCUUACCAUUGCACUCAUAAACAUUCAUUAUUUGUAUAUUUAAACACGGGAAAAACCAUGAUCAGUAAAUCAAAACUAUUGCUAUUUACAAGUUUGUAAGUAUAAAAAUAAAUGCAAUGGACGAGACAGGAGAGAAGAGAUAAAUAAACCAAAUUUUAUUUCAAACGCUGAAAAUUGGCGCCAAGUUGAGAAAAAGUUAAAAUCCCAUCUGCCAGGAUGCCAUACAGUUUUCAAUUUGAUUUUUUUAGUGCAAACCAUAGGUGUAAACACCUAGAUCGGAGGUUCAAAACUAGGUUAUUGUUAUCCUUGGGUUAAAAUGAAACCCGAUAUUAUUAGAAAUUAACAAUAUAAUCGUAACGUGCAAGCCGCAACUUGCAACUAGCGGCUCGCACUUUUUAAUGCAUGUGACACAUGCCUAACAUAACAAAAGCAUGGUUGAUGAUAACAUAUUCUAUGCACAUGCUUCAAUCCCACUAACUUCCCCCUAGUUGCGUUGCAUGUUUAAGAAAUGCACGUGCAUAACAUUAUAUUGUGUAUGUAGCAUAUAGUCGAUCUACUAUGCUUUUUGGCAGGCACAAGUGCAUGAAAUAGCAUGCAAAGCAUCGUUCUUUUAAAAUGCCAUACUAUAGUCAUAGUUGACAGUGACCGAACUCUCGAUGCCAUGUCUUCGUGUCAUUUACCUUAUAGACAAAUUUUAUUCAAACAAAAAGUGAACAGACGAAACGCACCCUGUAAGUUUAUAUUAUACCAAACCGAUCGACAACAAUUGAGAUGAAAUUGAUUCGCUUUUAACGCUUGAAAUGAAUUACAAAUUAUUUGUAACAAGACGCCGACUCGGCGUUAACCUCGGGUCGGUGGAUAGGGGAUCGUCUGGUAAAUAUCCAAAAAUUGUGUAAAUCACGAUAGUUUAAUAGUUCACUUGUAUAAAUGGUGAAUCAGUUAAUCAAAGCUCCGUUUUAAUAUUUUAUUGAUAAUAAUUACUGGCCCUCAUCAAACCUAUUGUUUUCUCUCUGCAUUAUAUCAGCAAAUGUCGAGAAGUUUUCAUUUAACGUUCUACUGAAAAACGGGAGCGGCUUUUUUGAUUGUAUAGUGAAAUUCCGGCUCAGGGGUAAAUGUUUAUACGCGUCAUAUUCUAUGUACGCGUUAAAAUAGCACACAACAUUAUUAAAAAUAAUGCAGCGUGCAUCAGUGCACACAGACAUAUGCAUUAUUAGCAAUAAUGCAUCUUCGUCACCCUGACAUGUACACGCGAUAACGUGAACAUCCCAAGAUGAGAAGGUGACAGUGCUAAAGGCCCCCCAUACGGUGUCGUCGGGUGCCUGAAGCACUGUUGGAAACGGUCGCUGUGAGUCUUUUCAGUUCAAUUUUAUAGAGAAAUAGUUUUGUUUGCGCUUGUGGGAUUUUAUCCUAGAUAUACGCAUGUGCAGAAUACACCAUAAGUUCUAUUCCCGUGUUUAUCCAAUACGCUAUUUGAGUAAACCUUAUCAUUAAUGAUAUGUAAACUAGAACACUAUAAUUGACCUGCGCUUGUGGAGAUUUUAAUUUAGGGCGAUUAAUUAAACUGAAAUCUGUUCUAUCACAAUGCACUACAGUGCCUAUGGUUAUGUCUAUAUGCAUGUCCUCACAAAUGUCUAGUGUAACGUUGGAUAGGUUCAUUGUCAUACGGUCCCGACAAGCAGCAACGUACAGUAGUCUUCCAGCCGAAAAUAAUUACUUUUGAUUCGGGUCAGUGAUUAUAAUAGAUAACAAGUGAAAGUUGGCCGCGGUAUUCCCAUGCUAUGCAUACGAAGUAUUGUGCAUUAUAUCAACAUAUACUCGAGAAUAGUUAUCCAGCUAAACAUGUAUGUCAAAAUUAUCACAUCUUCUGGUUUUAAAUCAACAAUUCUGACGGAUUUUGUGCAAGGACAGCUUCGUGUUCCGUUUCGCUUUGGCCGAUGCUUGCCGGAAGUACACUUAUUUACCGGAUGUUGUCGUCUCCUCCGCAGGCCUUCGAUCUUCGACUACGCGCGCGGCUCGACACAAAUGGAAAAAAAAACAAGAAAAAAAAAAAAAAAAAAAAAAAAAAUAGGAGCCGAAUUUAAGACCUCGGUGUCGUACCGACCCGAGGUAAUAAGCAAAUUCAGUAUGUACGGUAUAGUUAAGACCAGCCAGAAAUCAACAGACCAUACAAUGAAUACAAAAUACACAAAAACAACUGCAUCGUUACCGGAUUAUAUAAACUGACCAAUGAGAUUCCCCGUAUUUAUAGCAUCAUGCAUGCAAAGCAUUCUCAGGGAAGCCGGGAAGGGGGGAGGGGGCGCAGAGGGGCAUCGCCCCCCUUGCUCUUUAGUAAGGGGGGCAGGUGGGGGCGAAAGUGCCCUUAGAUAAAAAUUCUAACCCGGUACAAGUGUACAACGAUUAAAAAGUAUGAAUUACGGGUGAAAUAGACGUAAUAUUGAAAUAUACGCGAAAUUUUCUGGAGUAUUUUUUAAAAAGUGGGUGAUCAGUUAACUUUCGAAAUUUUUCUGCCCCUGUUUUGGUGAAUUAAGGUUACGGAAAAAAUUUUCGGAAACACAAUAUUAAUUAGUAAUUGCCCAUACGUCAACAUUGCCCCCCUGUGCCCUACCCUCGCUCCGGCGUCCCUGAGCAUUCUCCUCGGUUAACAGCGAUGCAUUCUGGUCGGUCAACAGCAGUGCAUUCUGGUCGGAACAACGGAAGUAAAAUCUUACUUUCAGAGCUCAAUACGAAUUAGCACUGCGGACUUGCUCUCUUGCUUCAGGCUUGCUCCCUGCGUCUCCAAUAAUAUUGCGUCAGAUUUGCCGCUCAAUCGGAACGCGCGAAAGCGAGGAAUGCAAAAUUUACACUAAACUUUAUUAUUAUAGAUUUGCAAUUUCAGCUCAAAUUUUGAUAUCAUUUCGUCUUUGAUUAAACACAACAUUGAUGCCCAACACCGGAUUUAAAAAAUAGGAGCAAUGAAUUAACAUUACCGAGAAAAUCUCGAUUGCGCAUCAGUUUUCCAGGUUUCUGCCCCAGAAUUCCGCGUUCCGAAUAUGCAUGAAAAGUGUGAUGACAUCGUGGAAGAUUCUUUUCCUCACAUUUGCAAACGUACUGCUUAAAGCAACAGUAUUAACGCUUUCAAUUCAGAAGGAUGUCUAAGGCUUUCUCUUGCUCAUUUUACCUUAUCCCUUCAAUUUUUCCAAUCCGUUUAGUAUCCAAUCCUGUCAUUUCCAAAUAUUUACGAUGGCGGAAAUCCUAACCACUUUAUAAUGCAUAAUUAUUAUGCAGAAAAGAUAUAGACAGUACGUAACUUUUGGGGGACUUUAGGGAAAAUCCAAAUAAUAUCGACAAUCUUAAAAAGAGCAUGCACAUGUGUAAAUUAUGGCGUAAAAUAUAUUAUAUAAUUUGACAUAAAUUUCAGGUAUAAUUUUGAAUAUAUUUCUUAAUUUAGCAAUUUCGGAUCCUAGUACCGGCGUUUAUGACGAUCGACGGGCGAUAACAGGUAAUUAGUGUACAAGUACUGCACUACAGGGUGUAUAAAGAAAGGAGACCUUUAGAAAUCAAGCAUAUUGUUAAAAUUUGAAUGCCUUUUCAAUUGCAUAUAUGCUGAACCGUAGUGCGUGAAAUAUUGAUGGGUGCAUAUAUUAGAAAAAGGAGACCUCCAUAGAAACUGAAAUAACGUUUAAACAAAAGACUGUCUGCUCAUGGGACAAUCUUCCAUGCAUACUGUACGUAGAUCACAUGUUACACACUCGUGGGCUUAGCAAAGUGCUCCAUGAUUCCAAUUAUAACAAUGGUUGAUUUCUAAAGGUCUCCUUUUUCUAAUAUAUGCAUUCCAUCAAUAUUUCACGCACCACGGUUCAGCAUAUGUGCAAUUGAAAAGGCAUUCAAAUUUUAACAAUAUGCUUGAUUUCUAAAGGUCUCCUCCUUUUUUUAUACACCUUGUAUACAGUAGUAUUGCUUACCAGAUUUGUUUAAUUGGGGAAGCCUUUAAUUCGUACCCCCGAUCGGCGUCAUCAAGAAGAAAAGAUUAGGUAAGAUUUUGACAUUGUGAAUAUAUUUAGUGUUUGUUUGCGAUCCAUUGGAAAAAAAACUCAGUGCCUUAAUUUUCCAAGAUGUGAAAGGCCAAUUAUUGUACAGGGUGUCCCCCAAAAAAGUGACAUUAUAGAAAUUAUCCUAUUGUUAUAAUUUGAAUGCCGGAGUACUAUGCUGAACACAAGAGUGCGUAAACACAAUUGAAUUGAAUUUUUAAUUACCAGGCGCAUGAUAUCCUGUGCUUAACAACAAUAGGAUAAUUUCUAUAGUGUCACUUUUUUUUGGGUCACCCUGUAUUGCAACAAGGCGCGUGCUGAUGUGUGCAUUCCAACUGCGAUGGGCAGAAACGAAAUAUUUAAAUCUUGUAGGUCAUUGUGGUGUAUUGCACCAUGUUCAUCUUAGCGCAGCUUGAAACAUUGCGCCAGAUUUGCAGUUUCAAAUUAAACAAGUAUAAAGAGGAACAAUUCCGUAGCCACCCUUUUGGAAGAGCAACUUCGUGGAGUCGUAGUCUACCAAGGAAUGAUGGCCAGGAAACUAAACAGAAGUCAUUGCAUUAUGUUUUUGUUUGAGUUUAUGUUAAUUCGUGCACGGCCACGGUGAUUGGGCUCGUAGCAUUUUUCAAUAAUGAAGGAAUCGUCCAAUAAGGAUAGCUGAGAUGAAACGUGAGAUAAAGGAUUCGUGCACGGUGAGGUGCAGUUCAACAACAAACAAACGCCUUUCAUUUUGUAGCGGUAAAGUUCGCUGGAUUUCCACACCAUUAUAUAUAUCUGGACAAACCAUGGUGGAGAACCGCGGUAUACCUAGCUUUUUAAUCCUUUUGUUUUACCAUUUCUGAUUAUUAGGUCUUUAUUGGUAAACAUGUGCGUACUCGAGCUAGGUGUACCGCGAUUCAUGAUCCACGAAAAAGCAAAUUAAUAGUGUUAAAUCGAUAUUCAAUAGGCUUUUAGUAUAAGCUAAUCUUUGGCAGGCCGAAUAAAAAAGUCAUCUUAUAUCAAUCAGAUCAGUGUUCAACUAUCAAAUUUACUUAUUUAAGUUUAAAUUACUGAAUAAUUUUAUUUCGGUCAUGAGACUUAUUUGCUUUCCCUUACAAGGUAAUAUAGGCUAGGAAACUUACAACAGAACAUUAGACUUGUUGCGUUAAUCAUUUAUAAAUAAACGUAACAAAAUUCGUAAACAUUAUAAACAUUCAAAGUGAACUUGCCUUAUAUUUCACAAUUUACGAUCGUAAAUAGAUUUUUAUUUAUUUAUUUAAAAAUUUUAAAAUUCUUUAUACACGGUAGCUUAUCAAGCUAUUUCUACUAAAAAUAUAUAGAGUUUUCUGAUGAGGUUUCAAAUAAUUAAAAAGGUUGCUUUUCAUAAGGCCGUGUAGAAAUAUUUAAGCUAAGCACAUUUCUUCAGAGCAAAAUUGCUUGAAUGCUCGAUGUAUAAAAAAGCAACUUUCCAAACACAUUUUUGAAACGUUAUAACUUGCUUAUCCCAUGCACUCCUGCUAAAGGGCCACAAUUUUUGGAUCACCGAGGAGGUUCAGGCAUGCAUUUGAAGCAAGGGCAUGCACGCGCGAUUAUAUUCAUGAACUUUAGGAUUCAUUAAUGCUUUCCUUUCCCGGGUGUGAGUAGCAGAGCGGAAUUCAUGGUAUCCUCGCCCUGGGUUCACCCCCCGAAACAGCGCUGCUUUGGUGAAAAUGUUGGAGUUAUCAUCUUGGAGUUAUUUUUAUUUUUCGUACAGCAUAUUUUUAUUUUCAGGUGCAACUGAUGACAAUCAGUAUGAGAGUUCUGUUACAAAUGUGACGAAGAUGAUAGGUAUGGAACUGAUGCCGGUUGUACGGCAAGCGUGUAACUAAAUUGUGUUUAGCCGCUAUCAAAUUGUGUUUAGCCCUAUUCGGCUGAUACAUAGUUAACCGGCAGAUAAAAUUGCAUUGUAUGAAGCCUGUUUAGUAUCGUGUUUACCAGAGCCGUCAUAAGGGUGAGGGUGUGGGGGGGGGGGAGCGGCUAACACCCCCUGAAAACAAGUUGGUAGAAAACGAAGAAUGUCGAAUGUCAACGACCAUAAAAAUGUCGCUCAGUAUUGGUUGGUUCAGUUGCAAAAAGUGUGUGUUCAGACCAUGUUCUCCCAAGUUUUGAUUAGCUGAUCACAGCAACUUCGGAAACAAUUUUUUUUUUACUUUAGUUGUCCUUGUUGCAUGUCUAUUUACUUUUGUACUUGUUAAUUGGCUUUCUAAAAUCAUGGUUUAUUUUAAUAAUCAAAAGUGAGCGUCUUCUUGUUGGUCUCAAACCAUAUAGCUAAUGGAUUUAUACAUGGGGGAAAAGCCAGAAUGGUCUGCGGCAUUGCUAAGAGACAAAGAGAAGUGUGAUCAAGACCAAGAAAAGAAAAAAGAGAAUUUUUCUAGUCUGAUGGGUUUCGAAAGCGACUCCUCAAAACUAUUAUUGCAUUUGUAUCGCUAUGCAACAUUGAUAAUAAUUUAAAGUUUGUUCGUUCACUGCAACCAGUUAUAUCAAUCAUGUUUCGCUCGCUACUCUGGUUUAAAUAAAUGAUUACAAAGUCCAGUCGAAUUGUAAUCAAGACGCCACGAUUAAUAAGAUGCCAGCGGAAUUGAAAACCCGAGUAUCAGGUAGAACAGAAACCCAAACAACUCCCUCUUUUUUGUUCCUGUCACACAAAUAUCUUAUACCAUAUUUGAUUUUAAAAAUAGUUUUCCCUUUUAUACCGUUUAGGUGAUUUUGACCAGAUCAGUGGACUAAGCAGUGAAGGUAAACAAAACCUCUAUAUAACGUUAUAUAUUUGCGAUGCUGCGCCCCUUCGCUCAGCGGCUCCGCUCGUGUUCCAAGAUCCGCCAUGUAAAGUGUAGUGAAAUGUAUCUCAAUACAAAUCGUAUGAAGCCUCUGCGGAGGAGAGAGGUCUUAAACUAUAGUACAUAUUAAUCAUAAGAAGAACUAUAGCUACUUCUGCUAAAAGUGAAUUCCAAUGAAAAUCUACAUAGCAUUUAUGCUGUAAUCAGCGGUUCACAUACAGUAAUUUAGAGCUCACACCAUUGAAAUGCGCACGGCGCACGUCCUUUAUAAAAACUGAAGGCCCUCUGGAACGAGCGACUUUAAUUAAACGGCUUUCUCGAAUUGAUCCAAUUUAGGAAAUAAUACAAUAAACUGCGCGACUAGAUAUACAUGCAUGCAACAACUGCUCGCCAAUAUUUUCCAAACAUUUAUUUAACAUGAAGUAUUAGCAAUUGGCCAACACUGAACGGAUGUUCAGGUGACAGAGCUAUUGCCAUAACAACACGAUAUUUUUAGUUGAAAGAUUAUACUUUUUACUAUACAAAAUUGAAUUUCUGAAAUAGGCUAUACACUGUGGGUAUGUUAUUCUAUAUUUUGUGAGCAUUGAUUUAAUCAAUGUAAAAUUUUAUCUGAAAUGCUUCGCAAAAUGUUUUGAAAUGUUCUUUGAACUGAACUGCUUUUGCCGAUAGCGAUAAACUGUUUUUUUUUAUACUUGAUCAAAAUGUUGAAUGAACAUUUGGUCCAACCUCGUCUCCAGGGUUUACUAUUCGGUGAUCAAAUUAAAUUAAUUUGAUCUAAUUUGCUCUCCUUUACAAACGUAUAGCUUAAGUUAAUUCAAAAGGAAAGUAGCGCAAGUAUUAUUAAGCAAAAAAUUUAAGCAACAAUAUUCAUAAACAAUAAUUAAACAUUCAAGGCAAACUUGCCCUAUAUAUCACCAUUUCCCAUAGUAAAAUAAUUCUUCUCAUUUCGGCAAACAAAAUUGCUUCAAAUCUCAUUGUAUGAAAGGAUUUUCCAAAUAUUUGUUUUUGAAAUUUGAAAUCUUGCCAAUUCCUGGCAAAUAGCCCUACUUUUGAGAUCUGCCAUGACACCCAUGAAUCAUUACCACGAUUAUUGAUGAACUUUAUACUUAUGCUUUCCUUUCCCUGGGUGAAAAUAGCCGAGUGGAAUUAGUACCCUCUGCCCAGGCUUACGGCGCUUCCCUCCGUUAGAUCGGGGAUGAUAAUAUUGCAAAGGAUGAGAAAUAUCUUGAUUUGCAUAAAAAUACGAGACUCCCGAUGGCUAUAUAAUACCAGUUAAUUUUAGCACGAUCUGGGAAGAUAAUCAAAACAAAUAUGUCUUUUUGCAUAUACAAAUGUUUUACUCAUACUUCUAGAAUACGUGUCGUUCUUCAAAUAAUCGGAGUUCUCCUUGUGAUUCUCAGUUUCAACCCAAUUAAACGCGAAGAAAAGCAUUUUGUACAGCUAUCUAUAUUUAAUAUUUAAAACACGAGUAGGAGUGUUUUAUCAGAUGUAAAAACGCGAGGCGCAGGCGAGCGUUUUAUGUCUGAUAAAACACGACAACGAGUGUUUUGAAUAGCUUAAAAUACGACUACAAAAGAAUACUAAUUAGGAUGAACCAUUAUAUAAUCAUACUAAUUAGGAUGAACAAUUAUAUGUAUAAUGCCACAUGUUUUAUCAGAUAUAAAGUCAUUCCACGUGACAUAUUAUGGCUGACAUGAUUUGCCACAAGGUUUACGAAUUAUUAAUGAUAUUUUAAAUGUAUAUAACAAACCUGUCCCUCCAUAACAAGUACCGCAUCUGCUCUAUAAGACAGAAUUUGACAUCUGAAUUGUCUUUUUUUUCUACAUUUGACGUUAAAGAUGGAAUUUUCCGAGCAACAACACAAGGUAAAUUUAUCCCUUUUUAAAGAACGUGCGUCCCGCAUGAUCGCGGGGUCUGUGUCAUAGGAUUGAUAAAUAGUGCUGCCUUUUAAUUUUUUUUGGGGGGGGGGAGGGCUGGGCGGGCGGGGAAGGUAAAUCUAAAGAAAUUUUACGUCUGUAUGGGCAAAUUAUAUCUUUGGGCUUCGAAGGGAAAUUAUUUUGUCAUCAAUCUUUGAGGUCAGGUGCCUUUGAAAAAACUGACUACCAUUUCAAUUGUACUCUCGAUAAACUUGCAAGAAAAUCAGCUGGGUCCGGUUGUACAGUAUUUACAGGUAAUAGCUAAUGGAAAAGCUAACCAACCAGAAUCGUCCUACGAUUUAACCACAAAAUAGGUAGCAGCUAAGAAGUAGUUAAGAGUUCUAUACAACCGGCCCCUGGAUUACAUCCCGUAUUCUUGAUCGUUUUAAAACAAUUAUUCUUCGAGGCUAUUUGACAGUAUCACUUAUACAUAUUUCACUUUAUAUUCUAUUUCGGACAAUUGGCCGAGUGCCUCCCCCUCGUCCCUCCUCCCCUUCAUAUGGGGUGCACGUGGGAAAUAUGUUUAAAAAUACUUUGUUUUUAUCCUAUUUAGCCCCUCACAUUGCAACUUAUCUACCACCAACAGAAGGUAACGCGUAUGUUGUCAACUUGUAUUAUUUUGCAUUAAUGCCUGAAAAACAGGAUUGGUGUUAUUCUUAUAUUUUUAAUCGUGAUUACGUAAUCCUUCUGUUUGCCUCGUACGGUUUGUAAAUGAGUAUUGGUUGGGCAAUUAUUUUCUGAAUUCUGUAAGGCUUAUAUUUAUGUGCAUGAGAAGGUUUGGCAAUUAUUUUCUGAAUUAAAUUAUUUAAUUAAUAUUUAAAAUACUUUGUUUUUAUCUUAUUUAGUUCCUCACAUUGCAACUCAUCUACAACGAACAGAAGGUAACGCUUAGGUUGUCAACUUGUAUUAUUGUGCAUUAAUUCCUGGAAAAUAGGACUGGUGUUAUUCUUAUAUUUUUAAUCGUGAGUACGUAAUCGUUCUGUUUGCCUCCUACGGUUGGUAAAUGAGUAUUGGUUUUGCAAUUAUUUUCUGAAUUCUGUAAGGCUUAUAUUUAUGUGCAUGAGAAGGUUUGGCAAUUAUUUUCUGAAUUAAAUUAUUUUAUUAAUAUUUAAAAUACUUUGUUUUUAUCCUAUUUAGUCCCUCACAUUGCAACUCAUCUACAACGAACAGAAGGUAACGCUUAGGUUGUCAACUUGUAUUAUUGUGCAUUAAUUCCUGGAAAACAGGACUGGUGUUAUUCUUAUAUUUUUAAUCGUGAGUACGUAAUCGUUCUGUUUGCCUCCUACGGUUGGUAAAUGAGUAUUGGUUUUGCAAUUAUUUUCUGAAUUCUGUAAGGCUUAUAUUUAUGUGCAUGAGAAGGUUUGGCAAUUAUUUUCUGAAUUAAAUUAUUUUAUUAAUAUUUAAAAUACUUUGUUUUUAUCCUAUUUAGUCCCUCACAUUGCAACUCAUCUACAACGAACAGAAGGUAACGCUUAGGUUGUCAACUUGUAUUAUUGUGCAUUAAUUCCUGGAAAACAGGACUGGUGUUAUUCUUACAUUUUUAAUCGUGAGUACGUAAUCCUUCUGUUUGCCUCGUACGGUUGGUAAAUGAGUAUUGGUUUGGCAAUUAUUUUCUGAAUUCUGUAAGGCUUAUAUUUAUGUGCAUGAGAAUUUUUGUCCUUUCAAAAAUCACGCCAAAGAUAACGCCACAUAAAAUCAAGAAAAAAAUAAAUUAUAGUAAGUAAACAAAUUUUCUGAACGGUUGAAAAAGAACUUGAAUGUGAGAUAUUAAAAAUUGAUACCACAUACUAAUAUUUUUGUGCGAAAUACGUACUACUGUAGGAAUUUAAAGCUUUUGAUCGAACAUAAUUGAGCGAAAAGUUUUCAAAUUGUACUAUGCUGUAUAAUCAUGUUGUUCUUGAGUCGCGAUACACCAGUAUAUAAAAAAAUUGAACAUGUAAAUUAUUAAUUUCACCAAUUUAGCCACUCCAAAUAUAAUGCAUGAUGCUUCAAAUGAAAUUAAAGCUACAGUAGUACAGUACGUAUUAAUUAUCGAUUCUCAACACUCAAUUUUGUGGUUUUAAUUGCAUGGAGGAAUAAUAAGUUGCAUUAAGGCAAUGUACAGUAUAUCACAAAAACAAAUUAUUUUCAAUAUCAGUACAUGACAUAUUUAUCUUGCACCGUCAAGUCAAACUCAUUUACAAUUCAUGCAUGAGCAAAAUACAAGAAACCAUCACCGUGUCGUUGUCUUAAUACGACGGUACAGUAUAGUAUAUAAACGUUCCUAAACUAGAAAUACAGCAAUCUUAUGUAUUUGUAUAACAAUGGAAAUUACUGCACAGUCCAUUUUCUAAAAAAUGUUUGUACUGCUGCAUGGCAAAUAAUAAUAUAUAAAUUUUGGUUUGUGGCAAUACUACGUGAUAAAAUUAAUUUUUCGGCUGGGUCAAAAUUAAUUCUCUUCAUUAAAGUAGUGAUUUCAAGCCCUCGCGUUUGAACGCAACCUUCGCUGUCGCUUCGAACUUGAUCAAAUUGUGCGUGAGCUUGAAAUGUAGUCUUGUCCUCAUAGUCGGAUCUUUAAUAUUACUUGAAUGAACAUUUGCACGUGUUAACAUGCUAACAUUACCAUUUUGUCCACAGUUGCUGAAUCUUAUGAAUGUAAUAAAAGACACGUCUCAAGGACAUCACAGGCUUCAAUAACUGGAAAAUCUACUCUGACACUGGCGGAAAAGGUUGAUGAGUUUUGCAAAACAACAAAGGAAUUAGAACGAAUGAGACUAUCAGAUAAUAUCGACGCUGAACUGAAUUAUCUCAGUGUUAACUUCCGCGCGCUAUGUCCUGCAAAUUGCACAAUAUGUCCAGCAGAGUCUAAACUGCGAAGUUUUCUUCUUCAAGACGACACAUUGAACGUUAUAAAUGGAAUUGGUAUUUAUACAUCGAUGCUUAAUGUAAUGCUGCAACAUGGAUUACAGCCACAGCUAUGUAGUAAGGAUACCUUUCAGUGUCUGUCAUCUCGUUUAAAAAGGAUUGUGCAACCUCCAAACUUUUUGCCCAUGUCCCGCGUCCGUCGAGAUAUAGACACGGUGGCAAGAAUGCUUUCUACUUUUGAAAAAAUGUUGAAAGAAGAAAAACUAAAAAACGCAACAAAACUAAUUGAGGAAAUCAACAAAGACACAAGCAGCAAAAUGGUGGGAAAAUAUAUGGAAAAGUACUUGGAUUGCAAAAGCUGGACUCAACACUACCUGGUUAUAACUUGGUUGAAAAUUCAGGUAAUAUCAUGCAUAAGGGUUUUGUAUCGUAAAAAUUUGGAGUACAAAUUUUAUACAUUUAUCAAACCUACUAUAACCAUGUAUGAGCAGAUGUAAAAAAAUGUAACUACUGUAUAGGCCCUCUGGCAUUAGUCGACCCGCAAGUUCAUUUAUAUAUACUGAGGUGAUGAUAAUGUGAGGGCUAAUUUUAGCUAUUUUGCUUAAAAGAAUUCAUUGUAGUAGGAUUAUUAUUGCAACACUGUUUCUGACUGGUUCUGUAUAAUAUGAAUAAAAUUUAAACUCGAUUAAACCUUUUACACUUAGUCCGAUCGAUUGAGAUAGGCUACUCAAAUUCCUAAAAAUGUGUGAUGCUUGUAGCCUGUGUGCAGACUGUAUUAUGCUGCAUUACAGUGUGUGAACAUUUGUGGCAAUGCUUGUUGAUCCCUAGCUGCGAUACCCAGAUUUGGGUAUUUGAUUCUGAUUAGCCGUUCUCAAACUUAGUAGAUUAUAAUUCGCUAAGUUGAAACGUCAACCGAAAGUUCGGACAUUUCUGGAAAGUGCCUUUUUUAAAAUGCAAACUGGGGGAGGCAAAUGCCUCCCCCCCAGUCCCCGCUUGUGCUCCCAAACGAAAUCACCUUUUGUUCCCCCAGGAAAAGGAAAAGGCUUUUUCCUAAAUUUAUACAAACAAACCAGCGAAGAAUAACAAAUAGAUAAACGGAAAGUAAGUUUUAGGCUUUAUCCUUUGUCCUUGUUUAACAAAAUCGAUUUAAAUUGUUACGUUUUUCUACCACUAAGUAACGAUAAAUUAUUGUUAAUAAUUAUUUUAUUUUUUGGAUGCUCAGAAUGCAGGAAGGAAAUGGCAUUUCAGGGUUCCAAAUUUGAAACAUUUUCUGGGGAGUAUGCUCCCACACACAUGGCCUUCAGCCAUUGUUAUCCCUCUCUAAUAAGUAAUGAUAAAUUACGAUUAAUUUUUUUAACUUUUUUAUGCAUUUUUUCAUUCUUUAUUUCAAAUACAAGUAUAGUUAGCAUUAAUUUUAGAGCAAAUUUGGAUGCUCAGAAUGCAGGAAAUGGCAUUUACGGGAUUCAAACUUCAAACAUUUUCUGGGGGAGUAUGCCCUCACACACGUGACCAUCGCUAUCCUCCUCGAAUAAGUAAUCAUAAAUUGUGGUUAAUUUUUUUUAAACUUUUUGUGCGUUUUUACCCCCCUUUUAUUUCAAAUACAAGCAUAGUUAGCAUAAAUUUUGGAGUAAAUUUGGAUGCUCAGAAUGCAGGAAAUGGCAUGUCCCUGCUUCAAAUUUCAAAACUUUUACACCCCCAUUCAUGCGUGGUAUGUCGGCCACAUACGUGGCUUUCAGCCAUUGCUAUCCCCACUAAUAUAUUAUCUCACAGAAAGGUCCCUUUUCAAAAAUCCCCCCCCCCUCCCCAGGGGAGACAUGCAAUUGCACAACUUACUCGGCUCAACUGAUCGUUCGAACAUUUCUUAUCUCUAUAGAUUCAACAAUUUUAUACGUAAAACAAGUGCGUUAACUGCAUUUGCUAUACAGAUAUUCCUCGAAAAAUGAAAUUCUAAUCAUGUUUUUAUCAACAUAGGGAUUGCAUGUCUAUAUAUGCUACAUAUACUUGAAUUAUGUAUUUUUUUAAUUUAAGGUCUUGGUCCUGAAAAAAGAAGAACUUCUUCUCGCUUUCUUGCAAGUCAUUGAAUAUUUGACAAAGUUAUUGAAGAAAAUGGAUCCGAGUUGUCGAUGGAAAUUUACCAUCACUGUUGUUGACAGUCUUUCUCAAAUUGUUAAUGAAAUUUCAGGUUGGGUUUUUAAAUUAUAGUUAAUACUGAUGUUAGGAGAAACAAUCCCCUAUCGUUUCCAAAUUCAUAUGCAAAUUGUCAUAUUUUCGCAGUUUUUAAGCAUGGGAUUUUUAACUUUGGUCGAGGAAAAAUUUUAAAGCAUUCGAGAAUCUAGUUUUGCAAGCCCACGCUUGCAAUUCAGUUUAUACAUAAGAUUAUAUAAUUCUAUGUUUGUAUCUCCAUAAUUCAAAACCAACGGAGUUGAGCAUUUCUUUAUAAGUAUGGGAAAAGCAUUCCCAGCAAAGCAUUUCCAUCAAAGAUCCAGAGAAUUGGAAAAAAUAGGUACUUGAGUAGAUAUAGUAGCAGAAUCUACUAAUUUAUAUUAAGACAUCGGAAGUCUAUCCUUGGCCGCCAUUUCUUCCACCAAAAAACAACCAACUCAGUUGUAUUUACCUUCCUCACCAAAUAUAAAAUUAAAACGUUGCUAUGGUAAUCUAGGCAACGUCGUUAGCAACCUCCUGCACCCGACAUUGAUCAGCGUUUCAGCCUUUAGCCGUUUCACCGCCCACUAUAAUAGGCUGCCUGAUAACAAUCAUGUUGCGGUCAUUCUGCGUGGCCUUAUCCUCAGAAUUGAAGGCUAGAGCCAAUUGGCAAUUUGCGUGGACACGUUUUCACCAGGUUAUUUCACUACAAAUUUCAUGUUAACUGGUUAAUUAAUCUCACAUUUCAAGAUUGGCUUUUCUGGGUCCUCUUGAACUGUAUUGGGGGUGGGGGGGAGAGUUCCAGCUGUCAAUAUCUAUUAACCAUUUGGUAUAUUCUGACGAACCUUUUACAGAUGGACGGUAUGUCUUGUUCAAGUAGGCCUAUAUGCGAAUACACUAGGUUUGCCUUGGCAACAAUAUAUGACGUCGUUAAAGAGUUUAGGUUUUGUUAAAUUAAGAUAAAGUUAAGCAGUUUGGAAAGAAACACAGUGACCCACAAUUUUUUUAGAAGGAAAAAAAAAAUAACUAUGGGAUAAAUGAUUAAAAAUCAGUUACGCCAUUUUCUCUAAAAACAUAGUAACAUUGCAUUACUGAAGAUUCGUAAUGGUCCUGUGAUACUUUUCUUCAUUGCGAGCAAAAUGGCUGUUUUUCGUUUGGUUGCUCUGAUUCAUGGCAAGAGUUUAUUGUGAUGACAAGAGAUGAUUGUGUUUCUGCAUAAUAGUUAAUAAAGAGUUCUUAUAUAUUAUUUGUUUGAUACAGAUCCUUCCAAAAUGCGCGAUGAGUCGAUUGCUGGAUUAUCUAAAUUAUUCGACGUUCUUCAAAAGAAGAAACUUCACCAGUGCAUUGGCAUAUUUCAACAACGCGCACGGGCUCUAGUAUUUAUUGACAACGUGGAUAUUCGAAACGUCCUGUUAAAGGGAAUAUUUAAGAAACUCGACACAUCAUCGGAGGAAAUGUGCAAAGAGAGGAUUAAAUUUUGCAAGGAUUUACUACUUAGUGGAAUUCCUGAGACACUUCAUAACGGCACCAAUGCAUGGAUUUUUUCCGCACGUUCGAACGAUUCUGAGGUUAUUGUAAAAUGCUACAAACAGACGCGGAAAGAAUUUCUCUCGAAAGACGCAGAUCCACACCUAAAGCAUUUUGAUUACGAACGCGAAUCUUUAAGCCGCCUAAAACAUCCUAAUGUUGUUACCCUUAUAGCUUAUGACGAACAUGCGCAAUGUCUAAUGUUCGAGCCCGUCUCAAAAGGAAGUUUACUAACAUCCUUAAGGAAUCAUCGAGUAUCUACUAGUAUUCCUAAGUUAAGGGAACUGUUGUCGUAUGCAGUAGAGAUUGCAGACGCUUUGGAAUUUUUAGAGAAUGAAGGAAUUGUUCAUCUAGCAAUGCAGGCAAGAAAUGUGCUUCUUCAUGACAAUGGAACCGUUAAAUUAACAGGGUUUCAGUUCUGUCGUACAUGGGAACAGAUAGACAAGAUGGGUGUCAAAAAAGCUAUAGAAAAGUACCAUUUUAAAUGGAUGGAUCCGCAAGCUCUUCUUUUCGAAUGUAUUCUACCGAAAACUGUCUCGUGGAGUUUUGGGGUGUUCCUUUAUGAGUUACUAACUUUAGGAUGUGUUCCUUUCAACCAUCCCGAGUCUUUCCCGAAUCAUGGAGAUUUCAAACGCGGACCUCUCACUUCUCCUGAAGCAAGAAUUUUUGUAAGUAUACCCCUUAAUUAAACCAAGUAAAAAAGUAGAAGUGUCUCGCUUCACCAGUAGUUUCCAUUUUUUGUGCACUUGCUCUCCCCCUUUAUUUUCUUACUCGAAGUAAUCUGAAUGUAUAGGUGCUUCGCCCCUAUACGGUUUCUUUGCUUGUUAUUUUGUAUCGACCUGAAUGUGACAAUUCACGUUUCUGUCUGACUUGUUUUAUUGUAACAAAAUAUGAAAAUACGUAAAUGCACUAAAUAUAUAACAAUUGUUACAUAACUUACAUAACAAUUGUUCACAUAAAGGAAAGAAAUACAUAAUUAAACUUUAAAUGUCUUACCGAAUGUCGAUAAUCCCGUAUUAAAGCUAGUUGUUUACUAUUAAAGUCCAAAUAUAAUCCUCAAGAGUGGGUAGUAGCGAAGUAGUUGUAGUUCGCUACUGUAGCGAACUACAAUUUUCAAGUAGCCAGUAGUUUUUGACUACUUUUUUAAAACAGUAGUUGUAGUUGUAGUUGUAGCGAACUACAUUUUGCCUAAAAGUAGCCAAAUAGUUGACUACUUAUCAAACAGCGAAUCGCUAUUCGCUACUUUUUAAAAUUGUUAGCAACCGUUCAUAGAAUAGAAUGAUGAUAAGACACGGUUUGCUUAAAAGAUUAUUUUAUACAGUAAAGGUUAUUUUAGCGCAAUGAAAAGUGGCACUCCUGAACACUGUAGUGCUUAUAAAAAUGUUGCUUUGACCCUUUUUGUUUACUGUUGCUACUCGUAAGUCGAUUUGUUAUAGGUUAUAUUACAGCCUGAGCUAGUGGAUGCUCCAAAUACCGUAAAACUAAAAAAUAUAGAGUAACGAAAUAGCGAAAUAGUUCGCUACAUUUUUUAAGCAGUAGCUGUAGUCAGUAGCGAACUACCAUUGUUCAAAAAUAGCAGUAGUUGUAGCUGACUACAUAUUUUUGAAGUAGCUGUAGUUAUAGCGAACUACAAAAAUUUUGUAGUCAACCCACCCUUGAUAAUCCUUCGAAACAAAACAACAAAAGGUUUCAUGUUCGUCAAAAGCCCCGGAUGUUCACCGGAAACUCGCUGAACUUCGAUCACUGACCGGAAGUGUUGCGCUAGCCUCAACACUGAUUAAAGCAGGUUGCAUUAUUAAUAACGACAAUAGACUUGCUGUACAAUGCUUCUCUAACGUUUAUUUUAUUUUAUUUUAUUUUAUUUUAUUUUUCUUUAUUUUAUUUUAUUUUAUUUUAUUCUAUUCUAUUCUAUUCUAUUCUAUUCUAUUUUAUUUUAUUUUAUUUUAUUUUAUUUUAUCAUGAAAACUAACAACUGUAUUUAAAUAUACAAAAAUAUUAAAAUAUUCAUGCUGCCCCUUCACCACUCCCAUUCCUUUCCCAGCAAUUUUGAGAAAAGAAAUAUUAAUUAGUGAUUGCAAUGGUUUCCGCAAAAUUUGAACUUUUGUCGGCAAAUUCAAUGUCACACCCCGCUUCUUAAAUCUAUUUGCGACGGCCUUGAUUGUCAUGGACGUGUUUGAUCGUUUGAUAUGUCACCAUGUUAUUUUGAGUUGUUUCUUUAAGGUCAUUCGAGGAGGAACAUUGAAAAAAGAAUCUUGCAUUCCUGAAAACAUAUUUUCAGUCAUAUCGGAAAAGUGUCUUCAAAGGGAUUAUUCAUCCAGAGCUUCCCCUCGUGAACUCAAAGAACUCCUUCGAAAGCAACUAAGUACGUACUAUAGUCAUUGUCCAUGUUGGGCGUCGCAUUUGGGGUCAAUUUUCCAUAUGGGUAACAGAUAUAGUUACAUAAUUUUAAUUAAUUAAUUGAAUUAAUUAUUGGUUCCAAUAUACAGAAGAUCAUAUACAGACUAGAAGAACGCGUACGGGAAUAAAACUACAAACUUAACAAAGAUCAAACAAAUAAUAAGAACGCGUACGAGAAUAAAACUACGAAAAAUCACACAAAUAAUAUUUGAUCAAACAAAUAUUAUUCAUUUUAAGCCGAGAAUAUUAGGUUUUUCGAAACAUGUCCAGUCAGCUGUUUGGUCUUUUUCAUUACUUUGUUCUUGUCAAUUAACUUUUUAAUCAAUAUCAUUACUUCACCACUGCAACCCGAUAUUUCGCGCUGUGAUAUGAAAACAGUUUCACUUCCAAUGCAUGUAUAUAACAUCAUAUUUAUUUUCUAUCCGCGUGGGUGUGUUUAAUGCUAGCUUUUGGCUGAUCGAGUUUAACUGGUCUUAUCUUGAUUAGUUAGUCAAACUCAUCAGGGCGUUAUCAGUGCUAUUUAAUUAAGUUUGUUUUUUUGAAAUAUUGCAUAUCUCCGUAAACAUUUCAACUUGCAUGGAUAUAUCCACGAAAUUGGCGAUAUUAACAUUUUUACUUUGAAAUGCCCACAUAAUUAAAAGCCACAGAAAAGAUAUGGUAAUGUGCACUACAGAGGAUUAAUUUGCAGCUGAGUAGAUCUUUAUCUGUUUCAAAUUUCUUAUUCUUUUCUAGAUGAUGCGAAGGCUUCAAAAGAACUAUGUCGUCCUCCUCCGGAUCUGAUCCGGCAAAAAGAAGAUCACAAUCCCGAGAAUUACAAUCCUGGGGUAAAAGCGUUAAUAUAUUUAUCUAUACUACAUUUACGUAACCAAGUCAAGAUUGCUGUUAUUGAGCAGAGAAUCGUAGAAUCGUUUUAGUCUAAAUUGCACUUGAAAACAAUAUUCGAAAUUUAAAGUUCAUAAAGACUAAAGUAAAUUAGGCAUGGAUAUAUGGAGCAAAUUAUUGGAUUUUAGUUUUCUUUUUGUAACUUACAUGUGCUUCUUUCUAUACCAUUCCGAGAUUUGGGAAAUUAAUGAUUAUCCAAAUUUUUUAUUUGCAAUUUGACAAUUUCUUAUAUCUUGAAGAGAAAAAAGUAAGAGAGAAUACCGCCUGCAUGUAUUCUAAAAGCUCACUCACGCUCACACUCAAUGAGUGGAAGUUCAUUUGAGCUUCGCUUGAGUGUCAAUGUUGUUUUUGAAUAGCUGGCGGGUGAGUAGUCACAUAGUAAGGUAUGACACUAACCGUCUAGCUAUUCGAAAACAGCAUUGAUACUCGAAAGAAGAUCAUAUGGAACCUCCACUCUUUGAGUGUAAAGCCUAGUUUCCAUUUGGUGGUUAGUUGUCGCUGGCACGACAAGCGGUAGAUGUGAAAUAGUCUAAUAUAAUAAUAGUCUUUUUGUGUGUUAUAUGCAACCCACCGGGCACACGACGUUGUUUCAACGUUGAAAUUUGGUAGAAAAAAGGUUGCGACGUCGACAACCUAAUAUCUACGUUGCUCUGACGUUGUUUUGCAAACAUUGGUUCAACAGCAGCCAACAGACGUUGAAUUAACGUUCAUUCAUGGUUAAAUGUACGACGUCGAUUUGUGAACCAAUCUCAACGUUGUUUUAACGUGGAUUCCACGUUGAAUUAUGGUUGACGAGUUGGCAACCUAAUUUCAACGUUGUUUCAACGUCGAAACAAUAACGUCGAUCCAAUUUGCAUAGUCAACCCUUUUUCAACGUCUAUCCAACGUCUGGAAGGUUAUUUCCAACGUUGAUUCAACGUUGGAUAAACGUCAUUUUGCCCGCUGGGAAAUCAGUCUUGAUGAUUGCAGAGGUUUAAAAAGUUUUGUUGACACUUUAUUACAUCAGCCACUUGUCGUGCCAGCGACAACUAACGACCAAAUGGAAACUAGGCUAAGCGUAUAGUGAGCUUUUAGAAUACAGGCGUUAAAGUAAGUUUUGUAAAUUAUACGGUAAUUAUAUUAUACUUAAUUAUUUAUAGCGGGUCAUUUUCCUUCUUCAACAAAAACAACAUUUUCGACAUCUCAAAAUAAUAAUGCAGUACACGCUGAUUCAAGUUCAAUUAACACUGCUGAUCGUUUUCUAGAUUGACGAUUAUGAUAAUUGUUUGCCGUUUGCACAUUUGGAGGUUGUAGGUAAUAUGUUAAUAUACAGCAUUAAUAUGCAUUUGUUGUCCUAUUCACUAGUAAUAGUUGAUACUACUGUUUUUCCCGACAACGAACACAGAAACCUUGUGAAUAAGAACCAACAAAAGUACAUGCAUGUGUAAUGACGUAUGCGUAUAUGUUAAUAGUACUAGCUAUAAUAAACACGUAUUUACGAACCUUGGCGAACGCUUUUAUAUCAGGCUGAACCUAUAUGUUCCGUAAUGAAUCUCUGCAAUCUGUGUCUUCUUCCAACCUUCGUAACUUUUAAGCCAACUGAGCGAACUGACAAACACCAGUUAGAUGGCGGAAUUUUAUAUGUUCGCUAUUCGCACGUGUAUCAGUGUUUGCGUAUUGGAUAUUGCCAAAUUCCUUUGAAAUUCUGUUAAAAUUGCCGAUACUACUUGCGGUGAUUACCCAGAGAUCCUUUGCGGCCUGAGACUUAAAAAAUGAGAUUUUUUCCGAUACAAAACCUUAUACAAACAUAUGCACGUGCAUAUACGCGCGGGGACUUCUAUAUACACAUAAUGCUUCUUCUGAUUUUGGGCCAGCUCAACCCUGCGGGGGCAAUUAUAAGGUUGAUAUUAUCGCAGCAGAAAUUACUUGUAUCUUAAAUAAUCUACAUUCAUAUCAACAUUCAUGUCUGGAGUAUGUGCCUGGAGGUGUAUAAUGUGCCGAAAUAUUAGAGUUUAAGUAGAAUAGUACUUCAAAUUCAGGCGUAUAAUGUAGUGCACAACAUCAUUUAGUAUACAGAAUAUUGAAUUGACGUGCAGGAUGACUCAAAAUUCGGAUUAUUUGGAAGUUGAAGUUUUUCAAACUCAAUUUCAUUCCUCUGAGUAAAUAAAUAUAAUGAAUAAACUGUAGAGUUAAUCAAAUCCGUUUAAAAUAUUUUAGAUGAAGCCUGGAAUAAAGAAUAUCACGAUCAAGAAUUCGGGGUAAAAUCUACUUGGCAUUGCAUGCAAGGUUUUGAAUCGUAGCUACCUCUGUAAUUAUAAUUGAAUAAUAGUUUUACAAUAUUGAAAGCAUUGGCAGUCUAGUAACUAAACUAAAUUGCAUGCAGGCAAAAAUUUAAAGACACGAAACUUUUGCACCAAAUAAAUAAUUAUUGCAUGCAAUAUGGCUGUGGCAAUCUAAGUUCGUCCCCCGCCAUAAUAUUGAAUCAUAUAAUAUAUUAAUAAACAAUUAUUGGAUGAGGCUGAACAUGAUAUCAAGAAUUAUUCAGACCGAAGCCACCAUUUUAUCUGCCGAAGCGAAGUUGUGGCGGAUAACAUUGACCGAGGUCUCAAUAAUUCUUGAUGCCAUGCGAAAGCCAAAUCUAAUAAUUGCUUUAUUAUACAUCUAAAGACAUCAGAAACGUAUAAAAUGAUUAUAAACAAAGUUUAUUAAUGUUUGAAAUAAUUAUGGUACAACAAUACAGAAAUAAAGCAGAAAUAUUUCUUUUAGUUUUGCAUCCUUUUGUGACUUUCUGAGUACUGCCACUGUCUUUAUCUGCUAAUAAUUUUGACAAGUCGUUUUCAUCCAACGAAGGAAAUCUACUGCGAGCCAUUUUGUUUAUUUUAUUUUCGCGCGCUUUUAGGUUUGAGUUGUUGGCCAUGCCGGGGCUUGGGGGCACGACAGAGUCCAAUAUUUUUUUUUGGAUGCAAGUUCGAUCCAAAAAAAUUAUUAUUGGACGCUGAGCACGUCAACAGUUAAAAUUACGUAAUAAGUACAGAAAAUUGAGAAUUAUUCGGUGCUCUCUGACCAAUCAGGAACGAGAAUACAUACUAAAUGUAUAAUAAUUAUAAUUAUAAUCCGGUGCUCCUUAUUGGGAUAUGACGUAAACGACUAGAGAUAAAACUAUCUAUAUUUUAUAAAAAAGCUGACAUGUUUUCUUUCAGGAAGCCUACAGCAAUGCGGAUCCUUCUCAAUUCACACCAUUUCUAUGUAUCAUCAAGCGGCAAGAACAGGUAAGUUUUCUUAUCAUAAGCUACUGAAUAUAGGCCUGAUCGAGUCUUUACUUGAUUCGAGAUUUGUAACAUAUUAAUUUCCGCUCAAAAAUUUGACGCCAUUUAGUGCGCGAAUUGAUCUAUGUUAUUAACUAAUGCUCACUACUUUCGUACAAUGAUCACUCUAUAUUAUUUUCUAAUUCUAUGCUUUCCAAAUACAUUUGUUGUUAUAUAUUUAGUAACAGAAAUCUGUAACAAAACAAUAAAUUACUAGACGUUACUAUCGCAAGGAAAGUGCUGCCUCACCCCACCUUCCAUCACAUAAGCACGUAAAGCACUCCUAAGACACUUAAGUGUUCAGGAGGUAGGAAAAGUGAAAUUUGAAUACGAAAACACCUUGCACAAAGUCGAAGGCUAGCUAAAUAUUCUAAUUGUAUGACUUCCACAAAUUCCUUGCUCUUCAAGAAAUUACUUCCUUGAAGAUUCCUUCGUUCUAGACAAAGAUGAAGGUCUACAUGUCAUGCUAUGCAAGUUUUUAAUAAUUUGUAUUAUUCAAAUAGAUGCAGGUUUAUUAGCAUUUAUUAUAUAAAGUAUAGUGCUUUAUAGAGAUUUGGAGCACUGAUAAAAUUGAUAAUCUCACAUGUGAGAUCAUUUAUGAUAAUCUCACAUGUGAAAAUUUUCGCUUUUCCACCAAUCACGGAGCUGCUUCUCUUGUUUAUGGCGGUUAAAAAGCAUUAGUAUGCAAGCCUGCAGUUUUCGAGUUUUGUUUUUCAUCUGGUGUAAAUUGGCUGUUCUUUUCGUGUUAAAUAUUUUUGAUUUUAAAAUUUUUGAAGUAUGUCAUCGAGUUGUUUUGUACCUCACGGUGAAGUGACAUUCAAUGUUUUGUGGACACAGAAGCAAAUGCAAAUACGAAGAAAAAAACGGCAAGUGACAUUGCACUCGUUCAACUUUUUCUUGCAAACGAGGGAGAAACCAGUGCCAUAGAAGAGAUUCCUCCGGCAGAUUUAGAUCGAUACUUAUCUAAAUUCCUUUUAUCAGUCAGAAAAAGGUCUGGCGAAAAAUAUGAACCGACAACCUUGCGAGGCUUUAUAGCUUCUGUGGACAGAUACCUUAUAAAAUUUAGAUACAGCGAGUCAGUCAUUACGGGUCAAAGUUUUACAAAUACUCGAGAUGUUUUGAAGUCAAUACAGAAGCAACUAAAAAGACUUGAUAAAGGGAACAAACCGCAAGAAGCUUCCCCGUUGACUGAUGACGAGAUAACUGCACUGUUUACUUCAAGAGUUAUGGGGACUCAUUCACCACAAGCUCUUAUUAACAUUCUCUGGUUCAAUAAUUGUUUGCACUUUGGCUUGUGGGGAGGCAAGGAACAACGAGACUUGAAAUGGGGUGAUAUUGAGUUAAAAACGGACUUGAAUGGCAAAGAAUACCUUGAAUACUCUACAGAGAGGCAAACGAAAACUAGACCAGGUGAUAAUCCUGCAAAUCGAAGAGCAGUUAAUUAGUUAAACCAAGAAUGUUUGAAAACAAAACCGUUGGACCCGAGCGGGAUCCGGUUUUUGCCUACAAACUAUAUCGAAGCAAACGACCGGAGCAAACCUUAUCACCAAACUCGCCAUUUUUCUUAGCUGUAAACCAUUUUCAUUCCAAAGAAAUAUCACACGAAUAAUGCAAACCGUGGUUUAAAGCUCAGCCUAUGGGUGUAAACAAACUUAAUUCCUUGAUGAAAGAUUGUGCUGUAAAAGCAGGGAUUGGAGCUAAUAAACGUAUUACUUAACCAUAGUGCGAGAAAAACACUUCUACAAAAGCUACAGGAUCAUAAUGUGCCACCAACACAUAUUGCUCAAGUUACAGGCCACAAAAAUUUUCAAUCUAGCUAUAAACAAUUAUAGUUGUUUACGUUAAGAACAGCAAGAAGCCAUUUCAUAUCGUUGUUGUCUACGGACACUUCGUCGCCGUUACAAACGGAUGACUCCUAUUCAAGGGCAUUAACUCUUCCUCUUAAAUCAGCAAAGCAACACAAUGAAACAGAAGGUUUAUCGAUGUUCAAAGGUAAUUAUAUCACUGGUGGUACUUUUAACAUACACGUUACGAGUUCUACAGCGUCAAAUAGUCAAACUUUAAUAACCGAUAGUCCCAAGAGAAAAUACCGUAGACUGUACCCUUUAGACAGCAGCGACAGCAGCCAAGACAACUAAGUCAGUUGAAUUUUUAAACUUUUUGAAUACGAGUUUGUUUGAUAAACAUAUAGCAUGAGUGAAAUGUCAUGUAGCCCAUUUUUGAAUUUUUUGCAUGCAUUUAAAGGUUUGUUAUUUAGUUUGUUUUGUGAAGUUGAAAGACGACGUUAUUUUAUUAACAAAGCAUUCGAAGUUUAUGAAAAUGGAUAUUUUAUUUUAUUUUGCUUGAAAAGACUGUCCUCUAUGUAAUAAACAGAAAAAUACGUGGGUGCUUGGAAAUACCAGAUUGCGCUCACUCGUGAGAUAUCAUGUUCAACACUGCACUCGAAAUAAAUCUGGUAUUUCCGCGCACCCAUGUAUUAUUCUCUAUAUCAUAAACAGUUGUCAUGGCUCGCUUGCCACUGAAUAAGCCAUUUAAAGCGCUGGUAGUCGUGUUUUAUCAGAUAAAUUUUAUCUGAUAAAACACUCCUACGCGUGCUUUAAAUAUAGUCCUUAAAAACAGACUAACACGUUCAUUUACAUAUAUAAUUAAAAGUGUUCAAACGUUCAAAUAACUAUUUUUAUCAACAUAUCUUCAAAAAUUUAAUUAUUUUCCUCCAAUAUCAAAUAGUAAUAUUGUAAAAUAAGCCUCGUGCAAUGGAAAAAUUUUGAUAUGCCAUAUGGUCAAGUCAAAGCUAAAUGUCAUAGCUCGUAUGAAGCUACGGUGCACCGAACGCAGCUUUCGGAAGUUACUGGAUAUCAUCGUAAACUUCCUGCGUAUAUAAAUUUGUACACAACGACAUUCUAAUUCUGUGACGACAGAAAAUGUGACCCGAAUGAUCGAACGAACGACAAACAAAUCUCAAAUGCUUUUGCUAAAAUACAUAAGUCGCGUGGGGAUCUGGCACGAGUAAAAACUGUAAAUAUUGUCAAGAAUAUGUGGCUUCCUUCGCUUCGCUCGGCAGCAAUAAUAUAUAAUUGUUAUAUAAAAAUGUUUUUGUGAUUUCCCGAAAUUCGUGUUUAAGAUCCAGUGCGGCAAGUUAGAGGAUGCAGCUCGGGAAUUUUUGCCUCAUUGGGAAACAUUACUUCGAACUCUGUCACAAAAUUUUGUUUUAAUCUUUAAAAUAUAACUUGUUGAAUAAAAACAUGCACUCAGCUAUUUACUGUUGAGAGAUAUAACUGAUUUAUUUCAUUUUAUUUUAACCAAAUCAUCAUGCCGAGUUUAAAGCUGAUACUCGUAAAUCAAACGGUACGUCGAAGUAUUACCAGCCUUGUUUAUCAUAAAGUUUGGUAGGAAUAUUUGAACACACUUCUACAAUUUCGAAAAUGGAUCCAGCUAAAAUAUGGCACAUGUAUAGUUUCUACAAAAGAUAAUACCAGGCCACAACAUAAUGAUUGGUUUACUGCAAAACGCGGCAAAUAUUGAAAUGGAUUCAAAUUAAUUAAAAUAAAUCCCCUAAACUGUGUGCUCUUCAUCAAAAUAUAAAAGUGAUUUAGAAAUUUUCGAGCUUCUGAUGCGUUACAAGCACUUUGUUGCCUUAUCAAGUUAGUAUUUAAUGUCGCAUCAACCAAAUGUGGAGUUUCGAAACAAUAUUUAACGGAGUGACGUCAUAACGUUGAAUACAAAGAAAAUCGUAUUCAGAGUUAUGAAAGGCUGUGGAAAUACGAACACGAAAUGUGGAAACAUGACUAAACCAACAUAGUGUCACCUUUGGUCGUGUUUUCAGGUUUAAAGGGAUCCAAUUUUGAAAUAAAAUAUUAAUAAUUAACAAUUAUUUGCCGAAGGCCAGGUGAUUAUCGGAGAAUAUUCGCCGAGACGAAGUCGAGGUGAAUAUUCCCCCAUAACCACCGAUCCUGAGGCGAAUAAUUGUUUUAGUAUUUUUGAGUUCUUUAAUUUGGGACUGAAUUUAUUUUAAUUUUGCUUAUUUAUUUACCAGUAUAAUGGCCACAAAACGGCUAGCCGCCAUUUUGAAAAUUUCGGUUUUGUUAUAUUCACCUAUAGGUGAAUAUAACAGCUUAAUACGUCAAAUUUGACCAAUCAAUUUGUAGGAUUUGUUAUGUUCACUUGUGCAAAAAUACUAAUACUGAGUAUUAACGAAAUUAUGGAACAAAAAAGGAAAUAUGCUAUGUUAUAGGCUACAUACAGGUUUGUUAUUAAUUCAACUUUCGGGUGUCGGUCUGGCACUGAGUUUCCGAAUAUUUUCUGCUAUUUACAGGUGUUGUUUUAUAGUUUUAAGUUAUGCCCAUGGUCAUGAUAUAGUUCUUAAAUAUAUAAUAAUUAAAUAUAUGUAAGGGUGCAAAAUAAAUAGCAGACAUAAAACCAAGACGAAAAACAAACCCUUGGGGCUUAACUGGCUCAGAUGUGUCAAGUGAAGGGAAGCAUAAAAGGUUUCUAUACAAGUAAUCCUGCACGAGAGCGGGGAUACUUUAAAACGUAAUUAGAAAUACAGGCUUGCAGAAACCCCUCGCCUUUAUUUCUCUAAACAUCUUUUUGACAUGAAGCAUUGUAAAUUACGCCACCACUGAACGCCGGCUUGCGUUCCUCGCGUCAUGUUAACCACACGGCAAAACGAAUGCACGAUCAUUGUUUUUAAUUUCCAUUUUUUGUAUAAACAGCAAAAAAUAUUAAUGAAGCUUAACUCUUUUAACUUUCGAACAAUCAAUUCCUAAAUAUAUAAAGUAGGUACAUGUUAUUUUUCACUUUAUAAGUGUGAAUUCAGGAUAAUAAUUAUUCGACAUUGAACACUUCACGAAAUAUUUAUUUAACUUUAAAUUAUAUAAUUAUGCCGUUUCAGUUGUUUGGCAGACUAGUUUUUGCCGAUUAAAUUAAAUUAAUAGUAUUUUUAUUACUUGCAACGAAAUCAGAUAAAUCAUAGAGUUUGCUCUUGGAAAUAAUAAGUUUUUCUUAGUUCUAGAAGAAAAUUAGGCCGUUUAGGAGGCAAGUGGAAAACGCAUAAGAAACAAAGCAAACUUAAUUGCUUUUAUUUCAUCAUUUCCCAUAUUAUAUCUCAAAUAUGGGAUAUGUUCAAAGGGUGUCUGCAUGCUGAUGUAAUAUACAAAAAACUCUUUACAUCUCGCUGGUAAGAUCACAUCUUAUCUAUGCCAGCCAAGUAUGGUCUCCCUGUUUUCGUGGUUCUAUUUACUUGAUGCGAAGUUUGGAGAAAGUACAAAGAAGGGCUACACGUUUCAUCCUUCGUGGAUUUGAACUCGACUACAAGUGCCGGCUCAUUCAAUUAAAGUUAUUACCCCUGUGUUACUUCCUAGAAUAUCUUGACCUCCUUUUUCUUUUCCGUUGUAUAAACGGCGAAAUACGUCUCGACGUAUCAAGAUUUGUACAAUUUUCACACUCCAAGACUCGCUGUGGAACCUCGGGGAUGGAUCUCCGCUUAAAUUUCGCUUGAACAUCUACAUUUCGCGAAUCAUUUUUCAUUUGUAUCUGUCCUAUGUGGAAUGCGUUACCUCUUGAUAUACGUACUUCAGAGCGCACAUCAGGUUUUAACACCCGACUGAAAAUGCUACUCUUUGCUCGCCUUCAGUCCGCAUUCGACUCGGAAAAUACACCGCGUACGUGGCAUAUAAUCUGUCCCAUUUGCAGAAGCCACAAUGUGGACGCAGCUUGUAGCUGCUAACUUAACAUUUUAAAAAUUUACGUUAAGUAACUGUUUGUAUAUUAUAUUGUCUGUUAUAUAUGUUGUAAUCUAGAGUCAAGCAUUGUAAGGGACCACGUGUCCUAUUGCUUGUCUCCUGUCAACUUGUCUUUUGUUGCAAAUGUCUUAAAUAAAUAAAAUAAAUCUCUUCUUCUCAUUUAUUUAAAGUACAAUUAAAAAAAUCGCUUUACUGCUCACUCUACGAAACAACGUUUUCAUAUAUGUCUUCAUUCUUUUAAACUGAAAUAUUUGCAGUGGGCUCAUUCCACUCCUGGCAGUCCGCCAUAUUUUGAGAUCAGUGAGAUGACCACCCACUAUACCCUACUUUUGAAACUGCUAACAGCCUUCCUUUUCCCGGGUAUAAAUAGCCGUGCGGAACCUCCGCGUCGUUGACUCGGGGACGAGUUAAAAUACGAAUUGUUUCCUGUAUUAUAGCAUGUCGAAUGGAAAGAAAUUCGUGUACUUGAGUACAUGGAAUUCAAGGAUAUAAAACUGGUCGAAAAAUUGCAAAAGUUAGAUUUUCCACAACUUGUCAAGGUUAUGGCUGUUAAUCCUUUUGGACCCGAUCGACUAGAAAUGGUUUGUAUUGUACAGUAUAUAAUGCUUUGACCUGAAGUUAAUUAUAAAAUAAAAUUUCACCCGUAACACGUAAAAUCUAUAUGAACCAGCCACCACAUUCAUUGAAUGUUCUAAAUCCUGUACCAACGAAUUAUCGACUAACAAUAAAAACAGAGAAUAUAACUCGUUUAUAUAUAACAGAAUAUAGAUCUAUUUUAUUGUUGUUAGCCAGGUAAAGCAACGACGAACACAACUCGUUGAACGGCCAAUUGUUAUACUUUUGUUGCCGUUUUAGUCGGCGCUACCAAACCUAUGAAGAACCGUGUAAGAGUUUUGGCUUCAACAGGCUCUAAAAACGACAAAGAUCGGCAGCACACUCACCUACGACAGUGGGCAAUGUUGGAUUGUUUUUCCGUCGUGACCACUAAGUCCAGAAUUCCCGCACGCGUCACGUCUUGUGACGUCAUUAUGCAUGAGGUCUAUAUUGAGUAUUGAUUUGUCAUAUAAAACGAAAGAUUAUUGAAAGCUUACGAACCCCUUAAUAAAUUUUGUUUUGAUUCUGGCAUUUGGUAGGGUGGGUUAGUCAUGCACAUUCUCGCCACGAGCUUUUUUUACUUUCGUCGCACGUGCUGCUGUAGGAAGCCUCCUUAAAAAGUAUUCUAGUUAUUUCAGUUGUUAAACACUAAGUGCUAACUCUUUCACGACAUGUCGGUUUCGCAUCACAUUACGAUUCAUUUUUUCUAAUGUAAAUAUCGCGACCAGUAUUUACCUCCUUUAAAACAAAACCAACCAUUGUAAUCCUCACAAAAUAACCUUUCGAACGGGGGGUUAAGUGUCGUCAAAACAUUAUACAAACCGAAGCAAUCAUAUAUUUAUACGCACCGCUUGGCCAAACAUUCAAACGAGAAAAAGUUGAAUAUUAUCUAAACUUUUCGUCAUUUUCUAAAAGGCUAUAUGAGUAAAUACUCUAAGGCGCAGACACAUUAUAUCUGUUGUGCGUACCGCACGUUCCUGGGAGGCAUUUUGUUUUAUUUUUAUUAAUACUUUAUUGUAAAGGAUUGCUAUACGAUAUGUUUGUUAGCCUCUUUUUCAUUGCAGAUUUCUGAGAGCUUCCCACAAGGAAAUGUUCUGGAUGUGUUGCUGGAUCGACCAAACCUUCGUAAAAAUUUCAAAUCGUACAUUUUGCAAGCUGGUAGAGCCGUUACCUACCUUCACGAACAGGGAAUUGUGCACAGAGAUUUAAAAGUUGAGAACUAUCUUAUGGAAUUAAAUAAUAUAACAGUGAGUGUUUA